AUGAGUGAUCAUGCAGAAGAAAACUGCAAGAAAAGCACCUCUGCCCAGGAAACAUCUGCAGAAGAAAAUGUCUCUCCUGCCAUGGACUGCUCAGUGAGAAAAAAACAAUUGCAACAACUUGAGAAACAAUUGAAAAGCUUAGCCUUUCAAAAUCCAGGACCUCAGGUAGCUGACUUCAAUCCUGAAGCUAGAGAGCAGAAAAAGAAAGCUUGCAUGUCACAGAUAAAGCAAGAGUUUUUAAAUAAGCCCAAGAUUACAAAGAAGUAUGACCAACAUGGCAGGCUUCUUUGUAAUAACAUGGAUUUAUGUGAUUGCCUGGAAAAGAACUGCCUGGGUUGCUUCUACCCUUGCCCCAAAUGCAAUUCAAACAAGUGUGGGACAGAAUGUCGCUGCAAUAGGAAAUGGGUUUAUACUUCAAUUGAGACUGAAGGGGCAAAUAUGAUCAGAGAGUUUCCAUUUUCUCUCUCUGACUGA